AAAUUUUCAAAUUAAUUAAAAACUAAUUUGUGUGAGCAGUAGCAGCGAGAAAAAAGUUCAUGUUUUUUCCAUUUGCUUUUAUCAUCGUCUUUCACUCUCUACACUCUUGUCUCGUAUUACUUCAUUCAUCGAUUCUCUGUUGUGUGAUGUUGUGUUUUUCUUGUUUCGUUUUGUGCGCGAGCAAGUGAGUGAGUUGCAACGUUUGUGUGUGUAUAUAUGUGUUGUUGCUGGUUACCAUACAACUCUAAGCACCUUUUUGUAUGGAACAACUGAAUGCGAGUCAUGCCGGGCCGUUAGUAAACUAGGCCCUAAGGUGGUAUUUUUAUUUGUUGAAGUGAGUUUUGGGACAAUGGCCGUGGAAAACAUUGGGUGUGUUUUACGAGAUGCAUAUUAAUUAGACAUUAAGCCUAGUACUGAGAUAAUUUGCAACAAAUCUGUUGUUGUUGUAGCAGUGUGUAGUACACUGAGACGACAGCCCUUGCCGAUGAAGAAUCCAUCGCGUCAAUACGGUACGUGCAUCCGGCCGCCAUGGGAUUGCCAAAUGUCGAUUAAUUGAUUGCGAAACAUGCCGCAUUCUAUUGGACGAUGUCAUAUAAGGACACACAACAAAGGCAACUACUGUGAACUAGUUCAUUUGCCCAACCCAAAGAUUAAAUUCAUACGAAAUGGCUAUAACAAAUUGAAAUAGGAGCCUCACUCCCCACAACCCAGCUUAGAAAGAAAACUCUGUACGGAAGUUUAAAAAAAAAAGCAAUUGAAAGUAAAAUGCCUUUGACCACCAGUACUUCGGCUCAGCAAUUGCGUCCACUAACACUGGCUGGACCAGAACGUGAACCGGUACAGUUCACGGUGAAUCUCGUAGGAGCCCCAGCUGAAGUCGAACAAUUGGUACAACAAAUCAAAACGGUAGCAGAACAAUUUCUAUAUCAUUGGAAAACAUUUCCGAUUGUUCUUCCACAACCUUUGUCGGCGGCUGCCUUAACCUUGGGCGGUUCCGGUCAUAAUGGAUCGAAUACUGUAGGCAAUCGCAAAACUCGCCCCAUCAAUUUACGUGAUCUGUUCAUAGCACCACCCUUUGAUGAAUUGGAUGCUGUGGCCUCGGAUGGCACAGGUGAACCUCGACGUUUGACCAACUCGCAACUAAAAUCAUUGCGUGAAAAUGGCUUACAAAAGGACAAAUAUGGAAAACCCAAGAAAUUAACUUUGGAACAAUUGGAAACCAUACGUAAAAAUGGGGAGUUCAAUGUGCCUAGCCUGCAUUUUCCCGGGCAAGUGCAUAAAUGGCGUCUAUCUCAGCUCUUGCAAAAGGGCACUUUGCGAGCUCAAGACUCCUUUUUGAGCGAUUUGGCUUUGGCUGCUCGCUUUUUGGUGAUUACCGCUCGAGGUCGUAUAUUUUCGCAUUUCUUCUCCGUUUAUCAUGCUGUGCAUGCCCUUCUGAAUGGUCUGAUAAAGGUGGUCGAUAUGUUUAUUGGCGUGCCCGCCUUAUUGGCUCACAAUUUGGAUUACAAGAUCAAGGAGGAGAGAUGUCGUUUCUUAAUAGCCGAACUGGUGUGUAGGCCUGAAUUUGAAGAUUGUCUGGAUGGCUUGUGCUCGUAUGUGCGCAAAAUGUUACGUCGCGCCACCAUGGAGAAAUUUGACUUUAACAGCUGUGAGAGCUCACAACCUGUGCCAUAUUUAUUUCUCACCCCCAAGGGUCAAGAAAUUGACCUACGCCUCUUUUGUCGUGAUGUUAUGCGCAAGGCCUUGCCCAUCUUGAUUGGCAUCUUGGAGCGAGAGACUCGCGGUUGGUUUCUACAUUUUCGCGAACGUUUGAUAGGCGAGCUGAGAGAUAAAAAGCUCACCGACAAAGAAAUCGAGGAGGAAGUCAACGAGGCGGUUAUGAAAGAAUAUCUGCAAAGGGUUUACACUUCGAUCAUGUCAAAUCCAAAAUUGGCCGAAUUGGGCCCUGGCAUACCAGAAUUGCUGGUACAACAAGCCCAGGCCGUUGUCAUUAUGUACAAGGCUGGGGAAAAGGUGCAGAAUGACAUCAAACGCUCACGUGAGGACCAUCAGAAAUGUCUGGCCAAUGACCAUUCUGUGUUGUCGCGGGUGGCGCCUUGGCUGAGGGCCAAAUUGAGGCAUGCCGAAGAGGCUAAACUCUCGAAGUCGGCCUGGUCUGCCCAUGAAGAGGCUUUGAAAAUGUGCACCAAACAGAAUCUACACCAAACGGCCUAUUUUCUAAGCCGCGAUUUGGCCUUCAUGAAGGAGCGUGAGCCUGUGCUCUUGAAAGAAUUGAAAAAUGCCAAGACUCCCACACGCAGCUUUCAAUGGGCCUGUCGCAUUUGGUCUCCCAAAUCCUGGAUAAUCAAACGCAACUUUCAAGGACAAUCGGAUAUCAUACCCACGGUGAUAAGUCAACAGGCCACCUCCAUUGUAACACCACGUUCAGAUCCCUCGCAGCCGGUGUUUUUGGUGGAAAAGGAAAUCAUACGCACCACCAGUACACGUUGGCCCUUCUGGCGUUUGUUGAAUUUAAUGCAGCGCACUUGGUGUUGGACCUGGAAUAUGAUGUUUCUGCUGGGCAUUUUGGUGCCCUGGUGUAGCCCCCUGAGUUUGAGAGCCCUAUUCUGUGUUAAGCCUUUCAUGCCUGAUUUAGAGCUAUCCCAGAUCAAUGGCACUCUAUUUCCGCGCAAGACAAGCAUAACGCAGACUAUGGCUUCAAGAUUAAUAGAGCUGUGGCGUCACAUAUCAAAAUCAAGAACGCAUUUUGAAACGGAACCGGAUACGGGCUUUAUUGGCAAAGGCUUUACUCGCAAUUUAAAUCGUGUUUGGAAUUAUUUUGUCAAAGGUUUCCUGGGCACUGUGGUCAUACUCUUUGCCUUCCCUUUACUUUGUCUAGCCACGAGCCUCUUGAGCAUAAUACUAGCCUUAACUGCCCCCUUCUGGAUUCCAGUUUUCACCAUUCUACUGCACAUUUAUAUGAUUUUGAUUUAUGAUCUCGAUUCACCGGAUAAUAAUCGAAAUCGUUAUUGCAUUUUGCUGGAGGCUCUUAUCUGGAAUAUUCUCAUGCAAGGUUGUGUACAGCCAAUUGUGGCUGUAUUUGUGGCUAGUGUAGUAUGUCCAUUGGUGUCGGGUCUAAUAUUAAUAGUUGGCGUUAUUCGUUAUUCCCUGCGCCUAUUCUGGGAUUCUCUAACGUUCCAUUUGUUCAUUAAGAAAUGUGGUCGCAUUCCGGCUUCCGAUAGUUUAGUAGUAAAACGCAUUGCUGGUCCCGGGCUAGCUUUGGAUUAUUACUUUGUUAUAAGACCGGAACAGGCGUUAGCAGCAUUUGAGGCAAAAAUGGAAUUGGACGAAUUGCAGGCCUAUCAGCAUGCCAUGGAGCGUAUUAUAUUGACGCCACAAAAGGAUUUCUCACAAUUCGUGGAAGCCUGUUUUGGACCAUUCUCGGCACAACUGUCAAAGAGUGGACCCUAUUUGGCAUUGGACAGGGAGGCCCAAGAUUUGACCACAACAUUGCAUGAGAAAUUGGAAAAGAGAAGACGUGAGCUGCAGACUAACCUAACGUCUCAGGUGAAGUCACGUAUUAAACUAAAUACCAAGGAAUUAAAGAUUGCCAUUCAACUUGCCGCCCAUAUUUUGGAGAAAUACUAUCCGUCUCAUAUUAUAGCUAGAUUAUCCAUAAGUGAAGAGGAGUUUUGGGAUAACAAGGGUCUAACUGUUAACGAUUGGCCCGGUUUGGCCGGACUCAUCUAUACGGAAAUCUUUAGUUUAGAUUUUCUAACGCCUCUUUUGGAGAACGAUACACAUUUCAAAUUGGAGCCACAUCCUACACUCGAUUUGACACGCUACACUGAAAUGGUACAAAAUGCCACAGAUGUGAUAGGGUCCAAGGGUCUGGAUCUUUUGGGUAAUGUCUAUGCUCCACGUGGUAAUGUUCAAGUACAUUUACCAUUUUUGGAAGUGACCGCAUUUAAUCCUAGAUCUAGAAUAACACUUACCUUCAGAAAGCCCGAUAAAAGGGACAUUUCUGUUGGCUUAACCACACCUCGCGUUCGUGCCCAUCGUGCAGCUCAACAAACAAAAACACCAGAAACUAAAAAACCUUGGCGCCCUUGGAAAAAGAAAGCGGACGAGAAGAGUGUUACGGAAAAACUUCUAAUACCUCUACCCGUGCCCCAUCCUGUACAUAUAGCGAUUAGUAUAUACAAUCGUGAUGCUGAACAUCCCAUACCAUUGGAUUCCGAAUUGGUAUGGGAGAUACUAAAGUCAAUCGAAGAUUGCCAGGGUGGUGAUGUUAUGGCUGUAGCUCAAUCUGUGGCUCAUUAUCGUGGAGCUGUUACAGAAUCUAGUAAUGAUUCGCUGGCAUCCAGCAGUAGUAUAGGAAGUACAAGAGAAUCAGCUUCAGGAACCGGAUCAGGUUCGGGCAUUGGUAAUGGCACUGAAACAUUGCCAUGUGUGAACAGAGAGGUCUGUACACAAGUGAAAGUUGCCGAAGAACAACCGCCCAGCUCUGGUUUUCAUUGGACCCUAAGCAAUUGGGGUGCAGCACAAACUGCCCGCAGACGUACAAAUUCCAAUGUACGCGUAGAUUUAGCCAGUCCAGAGGAUAUCUCAUUAGAUACAGACAGCUCAAGAGCUGUCUUCAAUCCAUACGGUACAACUGUUUAGGAUUCAAAACUAAAAACAAAGAAAAUCAUCACCAAGGACUUAAAACAAAAGCCAUCACAUUAUGAACCAUAAUCACUCAUCGUCGUCGUAGUAGUCGUCAUAUGAACAACACAACCACAACUAUGAAACAAAACAAAACAAAACAAAAAAAAUAAUGUUAAUUAAUGGUAAAUUGCUUUUUUAUUACUUUUUAUUAGAUAAAAGAAAACAGAAAAAACCGAAAAGUACUCAAAAGAACAAAACAAAAAAAAAAAAAAACAAACAAAACACUUUUUAUGUGUUGCAAAAUUAAUUAAAUUAAGAUGAAAAACAAAAGAAAAUGAAUUAUUAAGCGAACAGAGUGUUUUCUAUAAAGAAAGAAUGAAGGAGAAAAAAAAAUCAAAGAAAUCACUUGCAGUCAUUACCGAACAAUUCUAAAGAAAUCAAACUAACUUUAACAACAAAACAUCAACUCUCUCUCUCUCUAUCUAUAUACAUAUAUAGAUAUAUACACAUAUACUAGAU